GUGAUGUGGCUGGCGCUCAUUAGCACUUCCCUUCCUUUGUGCCAUGUCCGGUGAUCGGGCACACAUAGUGUCCCGACGAACAGCCCGCCCGGCAGUUACAAUGGCACCGCGACACCUACUGGCACUGUGCCUCGCAGUGGUUACACUGCACCACGCAAAAUCCACCAAAUACACAUCCAGUGGGUUCCAGAAUCAAACCACGGUUCCAGACUUCUGGUGGGACCUGACACUGAACCACAAUGCCUACAUCAGUUCAGUACUCAUCCAGUUCCCAAAUUUUAAGGACGCGUCACGUCCUGAAAUGGGACUGCAGUUCGGCUGGGACCUGGGAUGGGCGCAAGGCACAACGAGUGUGUGGGACGCAGGUCAAAGGGCGAGGUGGACAGCCUGGACGUGGGAAUCCAACGGCGACAGUGAAAUUAGCGGCGGUGGAUUCCUGUUCAACAAGACUGGGAAGGAAACGGCUCUCGCUGGUGUCUGCUGGCUGCGUGACGGCCACAGCGACACCAUCACGUGGAACUGUUUCGCGGAGGGAAAUUUAACAACACCUCUCCCAUGGGACAGUUGGCAAAUGAAUUUCAACGAAAACGGCAAUAGAACGAUUGGCUUCGUCAAGGAAGAAACACGCUGGGGUUUCUACGUAGACUCCGACCUGGUUCUCAGCAAGCAUUGUGCAGAUGGAGGAGUAUCAGUGGCUGGGAAGCGUUUCAAGUUCCUACACGGGAAGGAAAUUCAAAAGUCCGUUAGUGACGACCCAUUCAAAACGACGACGUUCUCCAGGCAGAAAAGAAGCCCUGAUUUCUUUGAGAAAGUUGGUCAGAAACUAAAGGAAUGGGUCGAAAAGGCUAAGAAGUUUCUUGGUAUUGGACAACAGCAGGCAGAUGGACAAGGCGAUCAAGACGGUCUAGACGGUCAAGAAGGGAAAGACGGAUCACAGAGGUGCAACUCAUUUUUGGAUGUACUGGUAAGGAUCAUAAACUUGAUAUUCAGAAGACAGGGCACACCAUCGAGUCCUCCAGGGGGAACUCUACCACCUGGAGGUGGAGGUGGCGUCCCACCACAAAACGACGCCGGUGGAGACCCACCAGGCGGGGCGAAUGUGCCCCCAGCAGAUGCAGAAGAGUUAGACCCAUCUCAAAACGAUGCAAUUCGGGACUGGGAAUGAAAAAAUCAAAAAUCUGCUAAAAAAUUAUAUUAUCAUCAGAGUGUAAUAAAGCACAAUUGGUUAUUUCAAAACAAAAUAAGUUGUUCAGGCACUCCAA